AGUCAACUUAAUCCUGAACCUACAUAAAUAGAAUAAAACAAUAAAUGAAUUUUUAAUAAUAAUGCUUUUGAAAUAAUUAAAAGGUUAUAGUGUAUGUGGCGAACGACACAUAUAGAUGUAUAUACAUUUACAAUUAAGAUAACCGCCAAGUUUAUUAAGGUUCAAAUAGAGAGCGCUUAUUCAACUCAAUAAAUCAUCUGCUGUUGAUUGGCCGACUCGCAGAAGAAGAAGAAGAAGCAGAAAAAAAUACAAAGAGCAUAUAGAAAAAUCGCAUGAAUAUUAAACAAACGUACAUUCACGCUGGUCAAGUAAUUUGGGAAAUAAAAACUUUUUAUAUAUUGGUGUUUGGCAAGAAGUUAGAUAAAAGAAACAAGGCGAACGAUAAGUAUGGAAAAAAUGGAUAUCGAUGUGACUCCACCAAAGUCGGAAUCGGUGAACGUUGCCGCAGUCAAUGCUGCAUCGGCUGCAUCGGUAAUGGCUGAUUCUGGCACUGUACCUUCAGUGCGUAUUUCGUUGCAUCCUCUCGUUAUAAUGAAUGUUUCUGAACAUUGGACUCGUAUAAGAGCUCAGGCUGGAGAGACGUGGCAAGUCUAUGGAGCACUGAUUGGUAAACAAAAAGGUCGCAACAUUGAAGUAAUGAACUCUUUCGAAUUAAAGACCGAGUUAGUUGGCAGCGAUUUGAUUAUUAAUCGCGAUUAUUAUAAUACAAAAGAGAAUCAGUACAAACAAGUAUUUAGUGAAUUAGAUUUCAUUGGUUGGUAUACGACAGGAGAAUGCCCGACCAAUAGGGAACUAAAAAUACACAAACAAAUAGCGGAAAUAAACGAGUGUCCUAUAAUGCUCCAAUUAAAUCCUAUGUCACGUAGUGUAGAUCAGUUGCCUUUAAAAUUAUAUGAAUCAGUUAUUGAUGUAAUUGGAGGUGAAGCCACUAUGCUUUUCGUACCUCUUACCUAUACCCUGGCAACUGAAGAAGCCGAACGUAUCGGUGUAGAUCACGUUGCUCGUAUGUCUACUAAUGAGACUGGCGAGAAAUCUGUCGUAGCCGAGCACUUAGUGGCGCAAGAAAGUGCUAUUAAAAUGUUAAGUACACGUAUAAAAGUACUGUUGAAAUACGUAAAAGAAGUCGAAGCUAAUAAGUUAGAAGCAAAUCAAGAAAUUUUACGAGAUGUGUACGCUUUGAGUCAUCGUUUACCUGUAAUGCAGGGUGAAGCGUUUCAGGAAGAAUUCUACACUCAAUGCAAUGACGUCGGUUUAAUAAGUUACUUAGGUUCCAUGACGAAAGGCUGUAACGAUAUGAAUCAUUUCGUCAAUAAAUUUAAUGUGUUGUAUGACAGACAAAGCUCUGGUAGACGUAUGAAAGGCCUUUAUUACUGACUUGUACGCGAUUUUCAAAUUAAUACAGUAUA